CCACUAUCGUGUUGAUGUAAGUUGAUACCCAUUCCAGAGGUGAUUAAAGCCCUUUAAUGUUAACCAAACACUCCACAAUUGACCAUGUAUCUUCUUCGCCCUAGAGGGAUCUCAACUCUAAAUGAAGACAAGUUACUAGCAAUACCUCAUUGCAUCUCGAAUUUAAUCUAUGACAGAUGCUGGCUUGGCGGUAAGUACUCGUGUAUAUACAUUAGUAAGCUAGCGAUUCCCAAUAGGUUUUUCGCUUCCGCAAUACAUAAGCCUUGAAAAUUGAAAAAUAUCAAUACUAGUAUUGUCGAAAAUAAUAGUAUUCAAGCGCUUGUCUUGAAGUGUGAGAGACUAAGUAUUCU